CCCGUUGUACCCGGAAGUGCGCUUCCGUGUUGGGAGGGAGCCGGCGGCGGCGUCGUCAUGGCGGCGGUGACGGUGGUUCCCGGGGCGCCUCGUCCGGCGGUGGGUCCGGGGCCGGCGGAGGGGGCCGACGCGCUCUUCGUGGCCCUGAGCGCCGGCUUCACGGCCUUGAGCCACCCGCUGCUCUACGUCAAGCUCCUGGUCCAGGUCGGGCAUGAGCCACUACCUCCAACUGUUGGGAGAAACUUAUUGGGAAGUAAAGUACUUUACCUUCCUGGCUUUUUCACAUAUGCCAGGCACAUUGUGGAAGUGGAUGGGAAAAGGGGUCUUUUCCGUGGCCUUAGUCCUCGUAUUCUCUCUAGCACUUUAUCCACCGUAAGCCGAGGUCGAGUGAAAAAGGCCUUUCCUUUGGAAGAUAUGGAACAUGUUUCUAACAAAGAUGAUGUGAAAACCUCCCUCCGAAAAGUGGCAAAAGAGACUUCUCAUGAGAUGAUGAUGCAGUGUGUAUCCAGGGUUAUCUCUCAUCCCCUGCAUGUAAUCUCUAUGCGCUGUAUGGUCCAGUUUGUAGGACGGGAAGUCAAAUACAGGGGUGUAUUUAGCUCUAUUGUGACAGUUUGGAAAGAAGAAGGACUUUGGGGAUUCUUUGUAGGAUUGGUUCCUCAUAUCCUAGGUGAUGUUAUUUUUCUGUGGUGCUGUAAUCUUCUUGCUCACCUUAUCAACACCUAUGCUGUCGAUGACAAUUUCAACCAGGCCUCUGUGAUCAGGAGUUACACCAAGUUUGUAAUGGGGAUUGCUGUGAGUGUGCUGACAUACCCCUUUCUUCUUGUGGGAGAUCUCAUGGCAGUGAACAACUGUGGGUUACUUGCUGGCCUCCCUCCAUAUGCUCCCAUAUUUUCCUCUUGGAUUCAUUGUUGGAAACACCUCAGUGCUCAGUUUUAGGGGAGAGAUGCUCAGGAAAUAUGGGAAGUAUUAUUUCAAUUUUUCUCUGGGGGCUUUUUCUCCAUAUGCCUUUCAAUCUAUAGAAGGGGGACUAAGAUAGGUAAAACUAGUUUAAAAUCUCCUCCUUUAGACAUUAACAGCACUGUUAUCUACCUAGUGAUACUGUUCCUAACAGAUUCAGGCCAUGUUCUUUAGUACAGAACUGAUUAUUCAUAGCUUUCCUAGAGGUGUGUAAAAAUAUGAGAUACCAUUCAAGAACUAUGAAGGAAAAUCAGUUUUGUAUUUUGUUCCUGCUUUUUGUUGCACCCCCCAAAACUUGCUCCUUAUUAACUAAGCACACAAUUACUUAUAUUGACGUAUAAGUCUAGAAAUAUUAGUCAAUAAAUUGACCCAAAAAACCUGAAUCAACUUAUCCAUGGGCUAGUAUAAACACUGUACAUUAACUAUCAAAAAGGAGCCAUCUUUUCUAUGAAUAGAGUGGCGAAAGGCGAGAGUUUAGUCCAUCCUGGGAGAACCUAAAAGAAGUACCAACUCCUCUUCUCUCUCUGCAGCAGCUUCACUUCUGGCCUUUUUGUUUUUGGUGGCUCUUUGAUACUUCUCCUCAAAGGAGCACCAAAAGAGUAAUCGGUGUGUGUGUGUGUGUCAGUGCUUCUUUUAGGUUCUCCAGGGAUGGGCUAAGUUCUCACCUUUCACAACUCUACUCCGUGAAAGGGAUGGCUCUUUAGAUAAGCAUUAAUCUUUAUUGACAUGUGCACAUUUUCUUAUCUUCCCAUGCCUGUUUGCCUCCCCCCCCACACACACACACAUUGCACAUCUACCAUUUACCAUAGUUCCCUCCUCAUCCACCAAGCCUUUCGGGUGAACACAAACAUUUAUUCUUGAUGGAUUUUUGUAAGUUUUUUGGCAUUGUUUUCCUUUGCUCUGUCCUUUACAUCCUUUGUUACAUACUCCUAAAUUUUACCCUCAACAAACCCAUGAGUCAAAUCAAAAUCUAUAAUUUUCACCUCAAAACCUGUACUCGACUUGUACAUGAAAUCGAUUUAUACACAGGUAUACACUGUACUUUAAGAUUGCUUUUUACUAUUACUUGAGUCUUCUGUUCAUAGCAAUUCUAUUAAAACAUGUGUUUAACCAACUUCUUAAAUUUUAAACAUGAUUUUCUAAAUUGCAACGUCUCUGCUUUCAAAAUCUCCAAUAUCUUCUGUGACGGUGAAUUUUCCCCAAUUUUACACACUUCAUAAACAAACAUUUUGCAGUUUCUAGCUUUUACCUCAGGUUUAGGCAAAGUGCAGACACAGUCCUCAUGUGACCCAGUUUUAAUAAGUCCUCCAUGCCCCCACCCUGCUAACAUAGUUUUGACCCCUAAACAUCUCAUUCUUACCCUGAAGCCCUUGCUUAUGGCAAAUUGUGUGUAACUUAACCUGAAUUCCUCUGUAGGUGUAAUUUGCUGUGUAUCAUCCCCCUCCAAAAAAAGAAAAUCUGCAGAGAAUAGAGGGGCAGAAAAUGCUGGGUGGCUUUAUGGGGUUCUAGGAGGAAAGGAGGCAGCACUUCAACCCUGGGAGUCUCCCUUAUCUGUAUUUCUUUGCCAUUAUUUUUCUUAGUACAUGUAUCCUAGUAUUUGUCUCAUAUAUUCCCAAGGCUAUUUACUUCAAUGUUCCUCUUUUGGGAGUUCAGAAAUUGAGAUAUAAACAUUCAAUGUCUUCUAUAAAUGUUGGCUUUUUAAAGAAAAAGUUCUGCAGCUUCUUCAGAUUAUGUUAUCAAAUGACAGCAUAAAUCAGACAGGGUGCAGCUGGCAGUGAAGAGUACAUGCUCUGCAUCUUGCCCAUCCCUUCUGUCUGUCUUGCAUUACAUUUCCACACUUUUCUUGAUUUACAAACCCACUCAUCCUUAUGUACAUGUGGGAUGAGUGGAAUAUGAGCAUAAUAGCAACUUCUAUUUCCAUGGUUAGGCAAGGGAGAGACUGGGUUAACCUUUAGUGAGCCCAUGCAGAUGUGUGGAUUCAUUCUGUGUUAACAGGGCCUGUUUUCAGAAUUAAGUCUGAUUUCAUCCGAGGAAGAAUUUGUCCGGAGACUUAAAAAAAUCUCCCAACUCCAUGCAGCAGACUAUCAUCAACCUAUGGGAUGGCUGAGGGGGUCUGUUGACUGAACGAACUGCUGAUUAAUGAAAUGUUAACAGAGGACUUGACAAGGAUAACACUCUGCUAUCCAAUUUCAAGGGGAGACAUUUCUCCACAAAAGGAUCUGUCAAAGAAAAACAAAGUUCAUUUUUAAAUAGUACAGUGGGCCCUCGGUAUCCAGUGGAGAUUGGUUCUCAGACCUAGCAUGGAUACCAAAUCCAUGGAAGCUCACAUCCCAUAAAAUAUAGUGGCAUAAUAAAAUGGAGUCCCUUAUAUAAAAUAGUAAAAUCAAGGUUUGCUUUUUGGGGGAGAUAUAUAUAUAACAUAUUUACAAGCUGUGGGCAUACAGUGGGCUGGCUGUAGCUUGCUAUAUGGAGCUGUUUGCUAUAUGGUAUAUUAGAUCUGAGCAUGUGUGCUAGCAGAAAACAAGGCAUAGGCACUAGCAAGUCCAUUUUUCCAGCUUCAGAAGAAGGCAGCGUUCUUUGGUGUUCUUUGAACCAGACUUUGCCAUGAAAACCUAAUCUGGGAUAAGCCACCCACCCACACCUUAUAACAAUAGUAUGCAAAAGGAUAUUGCAGCACCCUGAGACCAACUAAAAGAAAGAUUGGUAGCAUGAAAGUUUGUGUCCUUGAGCCUAAUUAAUCAUAUGAAUGGUAUAACUUGUAACAAUAAGUCCACCAAGCCAGGGACCAGUUGCAUGGCAAGCCCAUCAUCAGGCUUCCAAACUUAAAAUGUAACUAUUUAGACUAGUUAACAGGCAAUUGUGCUCUUCUUUAUGGCAGAUCCCCUCAAGGCUCUACAGGAUGUCUGUAUGGGAUUUGAAGCAACCCAUUAGCAGAAAAACACUCAUGGGGGGAGGGGGGUUUCUCCUGGGAUGGAGAGGAGGCUGUUUGUCUGUUCGUUUCGAUUAAGAAUUAUUCUUAAUCCCCUGUAUUAGUUUAGUGAGAACCAUCUCAUAGUAGAAAUUGUAUUUUUUAAGUUUCUUCCCUUAAACACACAUCUCUGUUUAAUAUAAUAUCAUGUUUUUUCCAGGCUGCAUAUUAAUAUCAUGUCUUUCCCAGGCUGCAGUAGGAUCUCCCACACCUGCUGGGAUUUUGGGUGGCAUUGGGGCCAGAGAUGGGAAGGAAGGGGGAAGACCAAGAGCUUAUCUCCCCAUCUGGCAGAGUUCCAAACCUUAUGCUAGGCAUAGUGCCUGCAGUGGCAAUGGCAGAGGCCUCCUGGCAAUGACUGCCCUGAGCGAAGGCAUUAGAUCUGGCAAAGGUACCUUGCUGGUUCCCCCCUUAUCCUGUGUCUUCUGACUGGCUUGACUCUCUGACCUUGACCCUGUUUGAAGUGAUGCAGAGAAACUCUUUGCCAUGGCUUUUGGCUGGCCUGUCCUCUGAACACUGGCCCUAAACGGGCUGGGCAGAGAUGGUGCGAAGGGAAGUUUCCAUAACUUGUGGCCAGUUUGCUCACUGAUCCCUGGCCCUAAAAGGGCUGGGCAGAGGUGAUGUGAAGAAACAGAGACAUGGGGGGGGGGAUACCCCUCACCAUCUGUUCCCACGGCUCCCAUGUGCUGUAAAACCGUUUGCAGAAAACCCUUGUGCUCACACCAUGAAAGGGGGCAGCUUUGGAGGAGAGGGAGAGUCAUUAGCAAAAUCAAGAUCUUUCUCCAAUCCUGGGAGCCCUUGCCAGGAUAAAUCUUUAUCCAUGUUUCCAAAGCAGCAAGAGAAAUGAAGAGAAGAAAAGGACUGGAGUGGCUGUAGUGAAGAAACUGCAGAACAACAGCAAACACAUCCUACUGGAGUGAUAGGCAGGACAAGACUGGCCUUCUAGGGUUAACUCCACCCACAUGGGGUCACCAGAAGGUCUCUAUUUUUUACUUCCUGCCUAUCUGGAGUGAGUGGGAGGAGCAUAACCCAAACUAAAGGAUGUGGGAGUCUUAUCUACUGGGAAAUGCUUUCCAAGCCAUGUUUCUUCCCCCCUCCCUUUGCAUGCCUCUACUGUUGUGAUCCCUGCUCCUCCCUCACCUUCUUGUCUGUUGUAUCCACCUCGUGGAGGUUGCUAAUACAAAGCAGGCUCUUACUGCAGAUCUUAUAAACAAUAUGGAAAACUAGAUCUAGGUUUAAAAACUUGAAACUAGGGCAUAGAAUACUUUCUGAUGAUGAUAAAUUUUGAUUUCAUAUCUGCAGGUGGAUUGUAUCUCUGCAACUGGUGUGCCUGCUGAUAUCAUAGGGUAGUCAUGCCAUACCUGACUAUCCAGUGGUGCUCUGAAAGGUGCAGAUUUUGCCUCAUCCAGUGAUACAAAUGCUUACAGUAUAAUACUUCACUCCGUCUAGACCAUGAAACUUCAGUAUGGUGUGAGAGGCCCAUGUGAUUAUUGCAGUACUUGUUCUAGCAGCUCGUGGGAGAUUGCUGUUUCCUUACAAAGACUGGAACAGAGUUUGGUCUCAGUAAAUAUUUCCUGAUAACUAUGUCCUCUUUUCUCUCUAGGGACAGCUUUUCAGAGGCUCCAGCCUGCUUUUUCGUAGAGCAUCCACACCAGCAACUUUUCUCACUGAUUAAUCUCAUCUGGCAGAAAGAGACAAAUUUAGACUCUUGUGAAGAACCCCUAAAAGCUUUUUGUGACAUUUCAUUUUAAUUUUGAAGUUAGCAUUGAAAGUGUGAGAGCAUCUUCUCCCAGCAAAUUGGACUGGGUUCAUAACUGCACCAGGAUAGUUUAAGUUAUUAGAUAUUCUUACCUGUUGGAGGAAGGAGGAAGUUUUUCUGGGGCAAUCUGACUGGCAAAAAGUUACACUUUUCUCCAAAUUUGAUAUGCAGAUGGUUUUCUGAGAUUGAGGGGACAAUGAAAAGCUAUUCUACAGUUUUCCCUGAACUGUAAACCAGAUAAGAUCCAAAUUGGUUGCAGUCAUUCUUCCUUGGUGCUAUUGCUACAUAUAGGAGAAAGGUUUAAGUUCUAUCAGUUUUGUUUCCUAUAUCAUUGGUUAUUCUACAUGCUAAUUCAGUUACUGUUGGCAUAUAUUUAGGAUUCAGCAAAGAGGGCCACAUAAAGUGAAACAGCAAUGUGGCUGAAUUCCUGACAGUGGCACAUAUAAACCUGAGUCUUUUAUUAAUCGGAACGUUUUUGUGCAUCCUGUCUUCCAUCACCAUGAUUAUUCUGAGGGAUGUUCUCAAGUCAAAUGUUUAACAUGUAUGAAGCAAUUUUAUCUGGGUUUCCAAACAACCCGCAUUCCUGAGUACUUGAAAUGAAUGUCAAACACUAAGGGUCAGAGUGAAAAAUAAUGUGUUUCUUAAGGGACAACACUAGAAGAACAUUAAGAGUAAGCUAUAUACUGUUCACCUGUUUGAUCUUACAACUAGAAUUAGCAUAGUAUUUAGUAAAGAAAUAACACAGAUAGAGGUUGGGAUCCAAAGGGAACACCAUAUGUGUACUGGGGAUUUUUUGCCUCUUUUGUCACAUGUAAAGCCAUUUUUGAAGCCUUUGUGAUAUAAAUAGGUACAUUUAGUAGUGAAAAAUUACUGGCCUUUCUGUACAUGUAUGGAAGUGUUUAUUUCCCAUGCACUUGCAUGUAUGAAGUGGACCAUAGUUGACGUAAGAUUGUAUGUUAACCAAGAACUAGAAUGUGCUCAGCUGACUUAUAUUUUAUACUGACUCAGUAUAAAGCAGCUUUCUAUGUUCGUGAGGCCAUAAUUGCUUGGUUGCAUGGAAUGACUAUUUCAUAUCAACUAUCAUAGCUAUAACUGCCAUCCUGUAAUGUUAAUGGUGUGUUCAUUGGACCAUGAUAAGCUUUUCUAAGAUAUACUGUAGAACCUAAAUGAUCUAGAAGAGUGUGUAAGUUAACCUUACCUUUCGUUAGAUGUAAGGACCAGUUCCUGCUACCAAAUUAGUGACUGUCAUGAGAUAUGGUUGCAGUUUGGCCUGCAUAUUAUGAUUUUGCUGUAGCAUUAUAAAUACUUUUUAAAAUAUCCUCCUGGUAAAGUAUCCACUUUAUUAAUAUUGCAGUCAUGCCUACUAAACCCAUCUUGCCACUGAGUCAAAGGCGGACCAAGCAUUCCAUAGGUUAAUGGAGUUAUCCAGAUGGCUUCAUCACUGCAUCUUUAUAUAGCUCAAUCAUGUGUCACAAAAGUGUAUGAAAUUCCCAAAUAUUGUGAUUUGUAUUAAGUAAAAAAAUUAACAAGGCUGUAGUUGGAAAAAAAAUGGCUUUUAAAAAAAAUGUAACUAUAUUAGUGUUUGUCAUCAAACAGCUUAGGGGUUCUUUGUGCAGUGAUAUUGUUGAAGUCUAUCUUGUAGCAGUCUGUGCUCAGACUUUAUCAGUAAACCAUGGGCUGGUACAGACGCCUGGGGCUCCGCGCUCUCCCAGCACCAUUUUAGGCACGCACACAUCUGCGUCUUGUGCGCCACAUCCAAACAGGGUGGCGCACAAGAGAUGUCACCGUGCUGCUCCAGGGUGCUAAUGGCACCUUGGCAGUGGUGCAGAAAGGAGCUGCUUUUUACAGCUCCUUUUGGGGCAGACCGUUGCUGUGCCUGUGUUGUUGGCGUGGCAACAGUCCUGGGCAGAAAGGGGCGGCAUCUCGGUGCUCCUUUCUGCCCGUCUGUAGUGGGCUUAAGAACAGUUUUAUUUUCAUUUAAUGCUACUUUAAAUAGAUAAGCUUUCCCUGUUCCAUGCACUGUGGUGUUUGUUUUUAUGUGCAUGUGUGCAUGUGUUACUUGGUAGUCCCAAAUGUAUUUGUGUUGGCUUUAGCAGAGCCUGGAUUGCUUUCUGGGUUAUGUGCCAAGUGUAUUAACUUAGCACAAGGUAGGUACAUCUGCUUUGUGAUUUCUUCCUUUACAAUGUACAUCCUUGGUUAACGUUAAAAAAAAAUCCAACCUCAGCCUCUUUCACCUGAGGAACUGCAGGGACUUAUCAAAUGGAAUUUGUCUUUCUAAUGUAGGAUCCCAAAUCUUUUUGUUUGGACACUGUCACUUUGGCUAGAUAAACUUGUUUUGAUGCUUUGAAGAUGUCCAUGCAGCAUAUUUGUACACCUCAGACAAAAUAUGCUGGAAGGGGCUCUUGCAGUAUUUAGAAUGAGGGCUGUCUGUUCGUCUCAAUGCCUUUGCCAUAACUUUCAUGCAGAUUUAGGUUAAAGAUAAAUGCAUGGUCUUUUUUUAUAGAAUAGAAUAGAAAUUUAUUGUUAAACGCUAAAAGCCAUCACAAUAUAAAAUAUAUCCAAACAGUGUUUUAAAAAAAAAACAACACCAAAGCAUAAAAAUCACCAAAAGCAACAUGGUAAAGUUAAUAAAAGAGAUCCAUCAUCAAAAAACCAAUAAUACAUCAUAAAUGAUAAAAUAAUAAAACCAUAAAACUAGAAUGGAUCUAGCCGUCAUUCUGAUCAAGAAAUAAUAAUGCAAAGCUGUUUUAAUACUGUACAUUGAUUUAAUUACUGUAAAACUAUAGUGUUCUAAUGUUAUAUCAAAAUAAUUAUUAGUGUUCGAUUCCCAUCCCUUGUUUGUUGCUAUGUAGACAUUCUCUUUCAAAAACUGCCAUUUCUGUCAAACUGACAGUGUGGAUUCCACACUCAGUCAAAUGAAUGUUACUUGCAUUAAAGCUUGUUUUUCAUUACUAGUGUUGGUGUCUGGAAGCAUUCAAAUACUGACAUGUUAUUAUCUUUACCUCUCUACCUAUUUGUGCUCCUUUCUCCUCCAUCCUUACAUUAAAUAUCAUACCUCAUAAUUUCUGUUUAUUGUUGGCAGCAUGUGAAGAGUCAGUGCACAACAGAUUAAGAAAGUGUUUUUCCUUGUCCUUUGCCAGUUAGUUUUUUGUUUGUUUGUUUCUGUCUAGGGAGAUUUUGCAUGUUACAAUCCAUUAAUUUGGUAGGUAGCUCAUGAAAUGCCAUUAGGUUAUAUCUUAUUUGAAGUAAAAUUGUGAACAGCCAAUUUGUUGACCCCAUUGCAGUCCUGUUCAGAAAAAAAGGAUAUUAUUUCUAUCAGACUAAUAAAAAUUAUUUUUAAAAGUUUACAAAAAUCAAGUUAAA